AUGACCAAUAUAAUAAACCAAUGGAUUCAAUCAAGACUUGGAAUAAUAAUGAAUUGGAAUGCUGAAACAUUUUGUCGUAAUACAAGAGACGGGCAUCUACUCUCGCGAAUAUUGAAGUCUUACGAGGUCAUCAACGAAGAACAGCUUGGAAUGAUACAUAAAACAGAGGUGCGAGCGAACUGCAUGCAAAAUUUCAAAUUCAUAGCCAAAUGGCUCAAAACUCUCGGAAUAUCCCUCGAUACCGACGAAGUAGAUGAAAUCGUUGAUUACACCGGCUUAGGUUCCAUCAAUAUAUUCUAUAAACUAUUUUUAGAACUUCACGAGAAAGAUAAUCUGACAUUCAUAACGCAACAACGGCUGAAUGAAAAAUUGCACCCCCAAAACACAAGAUUCGCAGUGAAAAGUGAGGCCGAGGAGACGGUACGACCCCCUCAGGUCGAGGGUAAAUAUAAAUCACCUUUGAUUGAAUCUUACGAUGUAAUUCAUUGGCACCAAGAUCGCCUAGAAAUGUUGGUCAAUAAAUGCAAAUCAGCUAGAGAGGAGUAUAUGGGCAUGGUGAGAACGCGAGACAAACGGUUGUCAAGUUCCUCAUUUAGUUACUACUCUCCUGCCUCGCCAGAUUUUCACAGAACGGAGGAAGCUAACGUAGAACUCAUUAACGAAUCGGUGAAAUCAAUUGACUUGUCCUACGAAGAGUUAAUUGAGGAACAAAAGCAAGCAAACAUGCUGAUGCUGAAACAGUUCCAAGCAGAUCCCAAAGAAGCGAAAACAAUACUCAAGAAAUACAAAGAACAAGUCAAGAAGAAGGCUGAAAAUGCCAUAUUCCAGAAGCAGCUGCACAAAGAAGUGCUGAAUGCGUUUUGGCAAAAGAUACGCGAUGAAGAAAAUGACGAGUGUGAUAAAGAUAUAACCGAAAAGAUGCUCAAACAGUCUUUGUAUGAAAAACAAAUGCUGAGGAAGCUGGGCGAAGUUAAAUUUCAGAAGGAUGUUAUGAUACAAAAUAAGCUAGCUAUAUCUGAUGCUAUUUCGAAAGAAAAGGAAGCACAAUUUGUCGAACAAUUUCUUGAAGAAGACAAGGAAUUGAACGAUAAAGAAUUCCAGUAUUACCUGAAUAAAGAGAAAACACUAAAAUUGCACAGGAAAAUCUAUGAAGAAAAAUUACGCUUGAAAUCAGAGAGAUGCUAUAAAAUGUGUUCAGAGAUAAUCAGGAAUAUUUGUACCAUAGCUUUCAAAGAAUCUGAAUAUAGAAAUUUUUUCGGGGAAACCCCGUCGAGAAGAGUGAUAGAUAACUGGAAGAAAUGUUUUUUAACAAAUGAAAAUUUCGAAGAUGCGGUAUCCCCGAUAGAAAUUAUACUCAAACCACCUGACGAAAUCCCAGAAGAUUUGGAAACAAUAGUUCAUAAUGAAAUAGACAGGCAAGAUAAGCUGGACAAAGCAGAUUUCGAAAGCUAUAUAAACUUCGAAUGGCCUUGGGAACUCGAAAAUGUCGAAAUAGAUGACAACUACAUAUGCGAUAUGAAUUAUGGGAUGAAUAUUUUAGGACAUAUAGUAAACAAUUUGCUGAAAAUUAAAUAUCCUUUGCCGGAACCGCCUCCGCCUCCAAAUUUGCCAAAAGUAAAUAUUUCUGUUUGUGUAAAUGGACUGACAGACACUACCUGCUUGCCUCUACUCCAGAAAAUGUUGGAUCAUAAAGAUAUCCGUGUUUUCGAAAUGCAGGAUGCAGUGAAUUUUUGCAUAAAUGCUUUUAAAGAAGAAAGUAAACUUGCGGAAGAAGAUGGAGAUGAACAAAUUCAGAAAGACAAGACCAAAGGGAGUCAAUCAAAGAAGUCACUCAAGAAAGGAGCGAAAUCAAAAUCCAAAACCGAUAGAAAUAUCAAUACGGUAGAAGAUGUGGAAGACAAAUUUGCUCUGGCAGAUAAGACAGUACAAACGCCCAAGGUGUAUCCAUGCGAAGAAAUACCUCUUUCGCCAAAAGCAGAGCUAGGAAGAAUAGCAGAAGAAGAACUAUCUCGUGGUAGUUCUCUUACAGAUCAUUUGCUUGUACAUAUGUUCUUGGAGUUCCUUAGACCUAAACAUCAUCUGAAAGGUUGGGUAUUGGUGAACUACCCCGAAACUUUAGAACAAGCAAUACUCUUAGAAGAAUCACUCACUGGUAUUACAAUUCCUGGAUAUUUUGAUACUCUCAAAGUGUCUAGAAGCAUAGGUGAGCUGGCCGAACUUGAAGUUAACUGCGACGAUAGAAAUAUGGAUAUUUACGAGCAAUACAGAAGUUCUAAAAUUUUGAAAAAUCCACAGAAAGCAAUUGAAGAUGGACUUUCUUACGAUUCAGCUCUUACUGCCUUCAUACAGAUAAUUCAAACUACAAACGAAAGAAACGACAACACGACAGUACCAAACAUUCUAGUUGAAGAUCUAGAGAAUCGCACAUCACCCUUAGAAAUAUUUUACUCCGAUCUGGGUUGUAAUUACUCUCUUUAUUAUGAACACUUCGAUUAUUACACUGUCAAAUCUUUGGGGAAAUUGAUUAUUGGAGAUUAUUCCAUUCCCCCCAAAACGUCAAUCGAACUCUUCGGGGACAGCAUCAGGUAUAUCGACGCAGAAAAAAUUGAUUUGGAAACGAUAUUCAGAACUAAAAGUGUUAAGUCGGUGAAGAAAGGAGAUAAGAAGGAGACAAUAAGGAAAGAAAAGGUAGUGAAAUCUAAGAGUAAACUUUUCGAAGAGGAAACGAAGACAGAUAUAAUAGCAGAUAAGAAGAAAGGAAAGAAAGAGAAGACUGGCCAGAGCGGUCACGUUUUGAUCGUACACUCGGAUAAAUUCACCCAAAUCCCGGAAGUCAUCGUUGAAGAAGUCGAAGAAGAAGAAGAAUUGGAAAAAGUAUCCAUCGAACCAGGAUCUCCAGGUUGGAAAUACACCGACUUGAAGUUGGCAGACGAGCUGCAAGUAGCGCUGGCAACCCUAUGGGAGAAUGCCGAAGAGGUUUACAUAGAAGAUUUCAGUCAGGUCAUGUUCAUGAAGAGGAUCAUCCUGAAUGCCAUAAUGCCGAAGGUCAACUACGUCAAGAUUCACAUGAAUAAAUACAUCAACUCGCCCGAUGACAAACAGAUGUAUCUGAGAAAGUUUCAACAACUUUAUAAUGAAUUCGAUGCUGAUAUUCGUAGUGAUGUUGAAUUCAAAGCAGAACUUCAUUGUCGGGUGAACGAGCUGAGAGAGAAACUGAUCGCAGUGUGCGACCAGCAGAUGAUGGAGGCUGAACAAGCCCGAUGCCUCAUCGUCAACAAAAAGUGGGCUCCGAGGCAACUGGUAGAGCUCAUCAACAACUACAUAAACGGCUUUCAGCUGGAAAUAGACAGGCACGUCGAUACGCUCACGCUUGUUAGCGACUACUAUGCGGGAAUUGUCACGAAAUUGCCGGUACAGGAAUCACUAGCGAAAGAGGCCUUGUCCAGAUUGGAUCUUCUGGAUUCGGGAAUCGAGCAGGCUGUAUGUGAUGUGCUUCUCAGAGUAGACGAGGAUCUAGGUGAUCCUUUUAGCAAAACUGUCGAGCAGAUCUACGGCAAGGCAUCAGCGUUUUCGAAUAAGUGUCAAAGUUGGGCCUGGUCUUGUCUAGAAAAAGUCAAAUCGGUCUUCUCCCCCCACGUUGAAAAACAGAAGGAAAAACAAAGCAAGAAGAACAAAAGCAUAAAAGGCGAUAUUAGUCAUCCGACGAUAUUCGAACCCAACAUUGAAGUGAAACAAAAUUCAGAGAAGCUCUUCGAAGAAUGGAAGCGCGUUCUAACUGGAGAAACAGCUAGACUGGCAAUAUGCCUAAAACUCCUAAGACACGACCUGGAACAAAAUCUCCAACAAAACCUGAACACGGUGAAGAAAAACAUGCUCAACGUCUACGAAGAUAUCAGAUCCAAAUACACGCACGAAGUCAGCAUAGUCAACAACGUUUGCAACUUCUUAGCAAGAGCUAUCGAAGCAGCCGUUCCCCUCCAAGAAGAGCUAGUCUUCAAGGAUGGGGAGUUCUACCUUAACCCACAACACAUAUUUUUCCCUGACGAAGUUCCUCCAGAGCAAACCUCCACUGACUUACCAGAAGACCUGUUCUUCACCAUACCUCAGUUGGAAAAAAUGACUGAAAUUCUAUUCGAUUUGGCACCAAGUGGCUACAUUCCUGAGCGCAUCUUCGUUUACCUUCUUCAAGACAUGGUGAUAGAAGAGGAAGAAAGUGUGAUGCCUAGGCUUUGGUCUAGAAUGUCGCCUGAGAAUAUCACUCAGCUUUCCAGAGAAUUGUUUGGACGCCAAGAGCUGGUCAGGUGGAAGGACUUCAUCGUUUACAAUCUCGUGGUACCAUUCCCAAGUGCAGAAGAUAUUCUGAGACUGAGGAAAUGUUACAGUGAAUUAGACUCGGAUGCUAUGGAAUUGAUAAAUGAAGAACAGUAUGAAUCGGUUGAUUUGUGGUUUGAAGAUACUGAAGGUGGUUCGAGAAAUGCUUUGAUCAAACAGCUGAUUUUCAAAAUGUAUAAGGUUACUGAGGAGUAUUUCAAUUAUACGGCAAUGUUGUUUUAUUUCUGCAAGGGUGAGAGUAUACCUGCUGGAAUUGCGAAGGCCUUAGCACUUUCUAUGGGAAAAGUGAUAUGUUGGGACAAUGAAAAUGGGAAUAAAUUUGUAGAAGCUACUUUGGAAAAGAGGAAGAUUCAUGAAGAAGAGGUGCGAACCAGAAAUGAAGAGCGAAGGCAAAAUCAAGAAUUUGCCCAGUGUAUUUUACAAGAUGUAGUGAAUGAAGUAGUCCAUGGAUGUGACAGUGUCAUUAUUGAAGACUUAACACCAACAGAAGAUGAAGAAACAAGAAGAAACUCUCUUCAGGAAAUAAUAAGCAGCGCUGAAGUGACACUUUGCAAUGGAGAAUCCCCAGAGGAUGGAGAAGAAACUACUGGAAGUAUCAUCAAGAAUGACAAUUCAAGACUAAAAGUUCUGAAUGUAGCCGAGGAUAAAUUUUCAAAUUUGGCGAUUGGUUUUGAAAAUUGUGAUGACACUGUUACCGCACAUUUUAUAACACUUCAUAGCCUCAUACAAGUUUUCGCCAAGACUUUACCUCCCAGCCAAACAAAAGAAAAUCUUGAGGAUGAAAGUUUUUCAGAAAAAUUGGAAAACAUUUUUGAGGAGUGUAGAAACGCACAAUUCAAUAACGAAGUUUUAUCACAUGAUAUUUUAAAUAACACCAAGUUCCUAGAUCUUUUGAAUGAAUCCUUCAAUUUUCAGAUUAAAAAUCCACCAAAAAUUGUUGCUAAACUCAUAGAAACAAAUGAAAAUAUUGAUGUAUAA